GAGCCGCUCUGACCGGGGCUCGCCGUCACCGUGCACCAGUACCGGACACUUUCCACGGCGCACUGCAGGGGGGGAAACGCACGCGUAACCGACAUGGAUCUUUAAUUGACUCCCGCGCUUUUUCCACGAAUUCCCGACGCCUUUUCCUUGAGAUGCGCUGGCUGCGGGCUCUCCGACGUUAAACCCUCCGUCCAUCCAUGCCUCGCGCCAGCUCCUAACCGAAAAUGAGGAUUCCGUGCGGAGACUGGCUCGCGGUGACACUAUGUUGUUGCGUUUGGGCACUGACGCGGGGAGCGUUUCCGAGCAGCGUGCAAAUCGGUGGGUUAUUCAUACGGAACACAGACCAGGAGUACACUGCCUUCAGACUGGCCAUCUUCCUGCACAACACCAGUCCCAAUGCGUCCGAAGCUCCUUUCAACCUCGUUCCCCACGUGGACAACAUCGAGACGGCCAACAGCUUCGCCGUCACCAACGCCUUCUGCUCGCAGUACUCCCGCGGUGUGUUCGCCAUCUUCGGCCUGUACGACAAGCGCUCGGUGCACACGCUCACGUCCUUCUGCAGCGCCCUGCACAUCUCCCUCAUCACCGCCAGCUUCCCCACAGAGGGAGAGAGCCAGUUCACCCUGCAGCUCCGGCCCUCCAUCCGGGGAGCGCUGCUGAGCCUGCUCGACCACUACGACUGGAACAAGUUUGUCUUCCUCUAUGACACGGACCGAGGGUACGCCAUCCUGCAGGCCAUCAUGGAGAAAGCCGGGCAGAAUAACUGGCAGGUCAGUGCCAUCUGUGUGGAGAACUUCAAUGACGCCAACUACCGCCGCCUGCUGGAGGACCUGGACCGACGGCAGGAGAAGAAGUUUGUGAUGGACCUGGAGGCGGAGCGGCUGCAGAACAUGCUGGAGCAGAUCGUCAGUGUGGGGAAACAUGUCAAAGGAUACCACUACAUCAUGGCCAACCUGGGUUUUAAGGACAUAAACCUUGAGCGCUUCAUGCAUGGAGGAGCUAACGUGACGGGCUUCCAGCUGGUGGACUUCAGUAACCCCAUGGUCAUCAAGCUCAUGCAGCGCUGGAACAAGCUGGACCAGAGGGAGUACCCCGGCUCAGACACCCCGCCCAAGUACACUUCGGCUCUGACAUACGAUGGCGUCAUGGUUAUGGCCGAAGCGUUCCGAGCCCUGCGCAGACAGAAAGUGGACAUCUCCAGACGAGGGAACGCCGGGGACUGCCUGGCCAACCCCGCUGCCCCUUGGAACCAAGGCAUGGACAUGGAGAGGACACUCAAGCAGGUGCGGCUACAAGGUCUUACAGGUAAUGUCCAGUUUGACCACUAUGGCCGACGGGUCAACUACACCAUGGAUGUGUUUGAGCUCAAGAGCAACGGCCCACGGCGGAUUGGCUACUGGAGCGACUCGGACAAACUGGUGCUGAUCCAGGACUCUCCUCUGCUGCCCAAUGACACGUCGGGCAUGGAGAAUCGAACUGUGGUGGUCACCACCAUCAUGGAAGGGCCGUACGUCAUGCUAAAGAAGAACUGGGAGAUGUACGAGGGGAACGAACAGUAUGAGGGAUACUGCGUGGACCUGGCUUCGGAGAUAGCCAAGCACAUUGGGAUCAAGUACAAGAUCUCCAUCGUACCGGACGGGAAGUAUGGCGCCAGGGACCCGGAGACCAAGAUCUGGAACGGGAUGGUCGGGGAGCUGGUGUACGGGAAAGCGGAAAUCGCUGUGGCCCCUUUGACCAUCACGCUGGUCCGGGAGGAGGUGAUUGACUUCUCCAAGCCCUUCAUGUCUCUGGGCAUCUCCAUCAUGAUCAAAAAGCCCCAGAAGUCCAAACCGGGUGUCUUCUCCUUCCUGGACCCGCUGGCCUAUGAGAUCUGGAUGUGCAUCGUGUUCGCCUACAUCGGCGUAAGCGUGGUGCUCUUCCUGGUCAGCCGCUUCAGCCCGUACGAGUGGCACACCGAGGAGCCCGAGGAGGGCACCGACGGUCCGCCCAGCGACCAGCCCCCCAAUGAGUUCGGCAUCUUCAAUUCUCUCUGGUUCUCCCUGGGCGCCUUCAUGCAGCAGGGCUGUGACAUCUCCCCCAGGUCCCUCUCCGGGCGCAUCGUGGGCGGGGUGUGGUGGUUCUUCACACUCAUCAUCAUCUCAUCCUACACAGCUAACUUGGCUGCCUUCCUCACUGUGGAGAGGAUGGUGUCUCCCAUAGAGAGUGCAGAGGACCUGGCCAAGCAGACAGACAUCGCCUACGGGACGCUGGACUCCGGAUCCACCAAGGAGUUCUUCAGGCGCUCCAAAAUCGCAGUGUAUGAGAAGAUGUGGGGCUAUAUGAAGUCCGCUGAGCCCACCGUCUUCACCAAAACCACAGCAGAGGGCGUGGCUCGCGUCAGGAAGUCCAAAGGAAAGUACGCCUUCCUGCUGGAGUCCACCAUGAACGAGUAUACGGAGCAGCGCAAGCCCUGCGACACCAUGAAAGUGGGAGGCAACCUGGACUCCAAGGGCUACGGCGUCGCCACUCCCAAGGGUUCACAGUUAAGAACGCCCGUAAACCUUGCCGUAUUGAAACUGAGUGAAGCAGGAGUCUUAGACAAACUGAAAAACAAAUGGUGGUACGAUAAAGGGGAGUGUGGACCCAAGGACUCGGGAAGUAAGGACAAGUCGUCCCAGGCCCUGAGCCUGUCCAACGUGGCGGGGGUCUUCUACAUCCUGGUGGGCGGCCUGGGCCUGGCCAUGCUGGUGGCCCUCAUCGAGUUCUGCUACAAGUCCAGAAACGAGGCCAAAAGAAUGAAGCUCACGUUCACUGAAGCCAUGCGGAACAAGGCACGCCUGUCCAUCACGGGCAGUGUGGGUGAGAACGGGCGCGUGCUGACGCCCGACUGCCCCAAAGCGGUGCACACCGGGCCCCCCCUGCGCCAGAGCUCCGGCCUCGCCCUGGUCUCCUCUGAGCUGCCCUGAAAACCAAAACCAAAACAAGUGCCUUACUCCAAUAACAGACUGCUAAUAACUCUAGUAAUAAGAACGACACUUUGGACCACAAGGACUGACCGGUGCACAGGUCACCACAGCAGAGGAGGCGGACAAUCUUUUUUACCAAACAAGGAGAUUUUUUUGGGAGAUGGAGAGAAUAUCAAAGUGUAUGAUUACGACCAGAAAACUGUUCAUUUGUUUAUUUUUUUUUUUUCUUACUGUGAAUUGACGAAGCACUCGAGAUUUCCUGGAUAUCAACAUGGGGCCGAGUCGCCUCAGUGCCAUUAUAAUAAUAUGAAGAGAUUUGUAUUCAUGCUAUUGAAAGAAGUAAUCUAUUUGAGAAACGCUAGACAAACUGUGAACUUACGUAAAUAUGUAUAUUCCAUCAGAUACUAUAGCUGUACAUAGGGACUACUGUGCUUGCUUUUUAAAUACGUGUACAUAGCAGAGUAGUUGACAGAUCUUUUGUAAUCAUAUUUCAAGAUUUCAUCGCAAUAAUAAUGAAAAGAUGAGACAGAGAGGAGAGGCCAGAAAUGUUGCGUUAAGUUGUUGUUUUAAAUGUAUUGGGUAUCAACUGCCCUGAUUCUAGGAUACCCAUCUAUAUAAUAAGGAAUGUCCUUGCCAGA